AUGUUAAACACGGGUAUCAAAUCUGAUCGUUUGCCUCUGGAGGUAAAAGAUAAACUAUUUCACUAAAAUUCAUAUCAGGAAUUUAGUGCAGCAGUGCACAGGUGAUCAGACAUUUGACACUUGAUAUAAAGUCAGCAAAAAAGAAAACUAAACUUCAUCUUGAACGUCAAAAACGCCAUUGUCGUUAUGUGUUCGCUUUUACCAUAACAAACAUAUGUGUCGAUGUCUUGAUACUGAUGUUGCUGGUACAAUAGAAAAAUGGGUUCAUUGGCUGUAGUAGCAAUCGAUUUUGGAACAACAUACUCGGGAUGGGCGUUUUCAUUCAGGCACGAGUAUGAGAAAGAUCCACCCAAAAUUUCUUCGAUGCCGUGGCUAGGAGAAGCACUUCUCUCCGAGAAAGGUCCAACUUGCAUUUUGAUCAAACCUGAUGGUAAAACUACGGACUCUUUUGGCUAUGAUGCCGAAAGUAAAUAUGCAGAAAAAGUUGAGAUAAACGAGCAAGAGCAAUGGUUCUUCUACAAAAGAUUUAAAAUGAUGCUUUUUAAAGACCAGGGCAUCGAAAGAAGUGCUACACUUGAAGAUGAAAGUGGCAAGAAGCUUCCAGCUGUGACAGUGUUCUCACUAUCUAUUGAUUAUCUCAAAAAUGAUGUUCUUAAAUAUUUGGGCAUGAAAAUUGGUGAAAGUAGACUCAACGUUGAGGAUAUACAGUGGGUUCUUACUGUCCCAGCUAUAUGGAAUGACGCGGCUAAACAGUUCAUGCGAGAGGCAGCUCAAAUGGCUGGAAUACCAGGGAAGAACUUGAUAAUAUGUCUUGAGCCAGAAGCUGCUUCUAUUUACUGUCGCCAUCUCCCGGUGUCAUCAUAUUCUGAAGGGGAGAAAACAUCGCUAGCUCAGCUUUCUUCUGGAACAAAGUACCUUGUGCUUGACGCAGGAGGCGGAACUGUUGACAUCACUGUACAUGAAGUCACUACAAGCGGUGAUUUAAAGGAACUAUACAAGGCAAGCGGAGGGGCGUGGGGUGGAACUAAAGUAGACAAUGCAUAUGAAACGUUCCUUUCUAGUAUUACAGAUGAAGACGUUAUACUGCAAUUCAAGAAGAAACAUAUGGAUGAUUACAUUGAAAUGUUCCAAGACUUUGAAUUAAAAAAACGUAAGAUCAGCCUGACCAAACAAGGAAUAAUUUCUUUCCGUAUGCCUUGCAGUCUUUCCAUCCUUUAUUUUGAGAUGAGAGGAAAAACGUUGAAGGAACAGACACUUUACAGCGACAAGGUUAAAGUAUUUACCGAUAAGUUGAGGGUAGAUGCUGAUAUAGUCAAAGAGUUCUUCAUGCCAACUAUCCGAAACAUAAUCGAUCAUGUUGCCACCUUACUGGAAAGGCCUUCAGUCCAUGGCUGUGCUGCUAUCCUAAUGGUUGGUGGAUUCUCCGCAUCACCAAUUUUACAAGAGAGCGUCCAGACCAACUUCCCAAAUCUCAGAAUAAUUGUUCCUAAUGAGGCUGGCUUAGCAGUAUUGAAAGGAGCUGUUAUCUUCGGCUAUGAAUCUAAGGUAAUCACGGAAAGAGUCUGCAAGUACACAUAUGGAACAGAUUCGACCCACAAGUACAGCGAUAGAUGCAAACAUCCUGAAGGAAGAGUUGAAAUUGAUGUUCACGGAGACCUUCGUUGUUAUGACAUAUUUAGCAUCCAUGUUGAAGCCGGACAGUCUAUAAAACUGAAUGAAGAACAGCAGGAACGGAUUUAUAGUCCCGUAUCUGACGGCCAAAUUGCUAUUAACUUCGAUAUAUAUUCAUCAUCUACAACACAUCCGCAUUUUAUUACCGAUAAAGGAUGCAGAGUUAUCGGAGAUUUCUCAAUUCCUAUUUCCGAUACAAGUUUGGGAAGGAAUCAUAAAUUUGGUACGAGUUUUAUUUUUGGCGGGACAGAAAUUGUCGUGAAAGUUUUUGACAAGGCAACUGGCGACGUGACAUAUAGAUCAGUCAAUUUUCUUGGAUGAACAUACGCAGUCACAUUGUAAAUAAAUACUUGUGAAAUAAACAGUUGGAUCAGUUGUUACAAAUGUAAAAUAUAUAUAAAGUGUUUCUGUAUAUAGGUAAUACAUGCGUAACUAUUCGAGACGUUGAAUAUUACACGAUCUUAAAACCAGCAACAUGUACAGCAUACAGAAUGAAAUAUUGCACGUGCAUAUUAAGUGCAGAAGAUUUAAAGAAUUACCUUAUCAGGAAAACAUGAAUUCAGCUUAUAAAGACAUUUAAGUCGCAUAAGUAGUAUAAUGCUACUAUUUGCAACGUUGACAUUACUUAAUUAUAUGUAUACCUGUAAAUAGUGAUCGUUUUGUGCUAGAAACUCAUGUUACCUUAUUUUUGAUGCAUUUUCACAUUAUUAUAAAUGGCCUUAUGGUACAUUUUUGUUUUGACCAAAAAAAGUAUUUGAGCUGAAAAAAAUGAUCCUGGGUAAAAUAUUUGGAAAAAAAUGGAGACAACUCUGCUAAAACGUUUUUGUAGGCUUAGAUGGCUAUGUACUUAACAUAAUGCAUAGUACAUAGUAUCUCAUGCAUUUCAUGCACUUUUUACAUCUAAGCACGAAAAAAAAUCAUGUCUAAUUACUGUUAUGGUCAGCACUUUGAAACGAAAAAUAUGUAAAGAUCAAUAUUAUAUAAUGCCCUGGGGGGAAAGUGUGACAUUAUUUAGAUGAAAUUUGUCAACAAACAGACGAAUUUUUUUAAAUGUUAAAACCCACAGAAUUUCACAAGGUAAAAUAUGUUGAGAAAGCUAUUGCUGGAAAGAGAAUGAUCCCUGCUUUCCACAUACGUCAUAGUAUGGGGAAAAUAACAAGAAAUUCAGGACUUUUUGAUGCAUGACUGUGUUAUCCUGCUUACUUUCCCAUUGCCCUGAUAUAAAAUAGACAGGAUUAUAAUUGGCAAACGGUGUUCAUUCAACAGUUUCACUCUAUAAUAAGAUUGUUUCCCUUGUGUAAAGAGGGCUUAGAGUAAGUCUCUAGGUAAUGUUAUUUUUUGUGAAAUAACUUUUUUCAAUGAAAGUCUUUAUUUAAAGCAACAAAACAACUGUAUUAUGGAUUUGAUCAAGUUACUAAGAAAAAUUAAAAUUCAAAACUGAAAUAUUUCGAUCUACUAGCCUAUAAUGGCUGAAAAUUAUUAUGUCAGUAGAUGAUUGUACCGUAAAAGAUGACACAAUUUUGUCGUGCUAUAUUACGACAACAUGUAAUCAGCAGAUAAAUACGUGGGAGAGCGGCGUAUCUUAGUGAUAAGACCUUUGUAGAGGAUAAAAAACUCUGACUAUUAAUUUCUUACCUGGGCCAUCAUCACUCUACCGCUCUCCAAUUUAAAAUGGUUUACAAACCUGUACAUUAUAUCUUUGGCGUGUUAAACCAUACAGUUGUUAUAAUCGUGUUCCAAUGAUUUAAAAACAAUGUUCUCAUAGUCUGAGACUACGUAUGUUAAUAUUUUCACAUAUAUAGUUUUUUUUUGUAUAAUCAUUUCGUAUAUACUACAUAACGCUUCCAUCGUUAUUACUCUCUAUAGAUAUUGAACAAAGAUUGAUUUGAAAUUAUUAAGCUGUAUGGUGUAAUUUUGACUCACUGCAUCGACAAGACUGAUAAUUGUAUUCAAAAAUAUCAUUUGACUUCAACAUUUGACUUCAGAAAUAUUCAAAGUAAUCUAUGGCACCAUAUAAGGGUCUUGCACCCUGGCAAAAAUUCCUAUUCAGAAAUAUAUUAUAUAAUUUAAUCAAAGAUGUAUAAGACAAAAUACUUGCAUUCAGCUAUUUCAUGCAUGUAAACAAACUAGGUAAAACAGAAUGUGUAUGUUUACCGUGCUAAUUAGCUUUUGACUAUCAAUUUUUUUUUAAAAAGAAGAAAAUGUCUUGACCAGGACUAUGAAGAGUAUCUAAAACAAUUGCAUAAACAGGCCGUAGCGCGAAAAUUAGUCUACACCAUAUUGUUGAAUGAUGUUGAUAGUCAACUUUUCCCGUGCAUCUCUCUGCAGGUGCGUGACUUUCUUUUCAGAGUUUUGACGUUAUCAAAUGGCGGCCAUUUCAACAUAUUUACUAUACUUAAUAUUUGUAAUAUGUGUGUUGUGUUUAUGCACAAUAUGAUAUUUCUGGUACUUCAUAAAGCUGCUAACAUGAAAGAAAAUAAAUUUAGUUAUUUUGUAAAAUAAAAUACUGUUUAUCUAUGUUUUUGUUAGGAAAAAUCUAUAUAUUGUA